GACGAAAACGUGGGCCAGCUAGAUGCAUUUUCUUUGACAAGCUAAGGAAGAAUGGAAAAGUGCAGUUGAAGAUAAACGAUGGUGAGACAGCCCCAUGUUGUGAACACGCUUCUAUGUUCACAACACGAGUAUCGUGGAUUGUUAAACAGUAUUGCGACAUGAGUUACAAGCACUGGUCGGAUGUCCCACAAACCAUUAAAGAGGAGCUCAUCGACUGUGUUCGGAGUGACUUUUUGUUUGACUGGGAUCGCGAAAACCACCGAUUGACGGUGACAAAGGCCCUAUGUAAGCGCUUCAACUCCUUCGAUCACGACUUGCACAAGAUUUAUCAAUCAUAUGGAAGCCACGAAGAAGCGUUGGCUCAUGGAACUAGCUUGGUGGACCCCAUUGUAUGGGUGAAGUUGUGUGGAAGGUGGGGCAGCGAUGCCUUUAAGCGCACUGAGAAUGGGAAUUUGGUCGACUUCUACAAGGAGACCCGCUGGUCCAAGAAGAAGAAUAAGUUUGUUACAGAUACUACAGAAGAGACUUAUAAGGAGAUGCAAGGUAGGUUGGAUGGCCUAGGACCAGAGGAACGUAGUGAUGAGGCAGCAACAACUGUCUUUAGGGAGGUCCUUGGCCAUCGACCAGGAUAUGCACGAGGACUUGGGGAGAUUGCCAUCCCUGAGUCAAGUAGACAACGUGACAAAGUUCAAAUGCAACAAUACCUGUCUAAGGUUGAAAAGCACAAGAAAGAUUUUGAACAAUAUAAGAAAGAUGUUGAACAAUAUAAGAAAGAUGCUGAAGCCUACAAAUGUCAGUUGGAUGAGAUGAGGACAGAGAUGCGGGCUCUUAGGGAGCAUCAGUUACAGAAUAACAACCUGAUGCAGUCAUUCUUUAGGGCUUUUCCGUCAUUCACUGAGUCAAUUCGACAGACUCAGUGUAAUGAUUCCCCCGGCCCAUAAGGGGCCUCCCAUAAUGUGGUAGUUUUUUGGGUGGGUUUCUUUGAUGGUUUUUCACUCACCGGGGAGAAAUUCAGUUGGGUGUCGACAUUUCUUUUGGGUGGUUAUUGUACUAAGUCUAGACACUAGGCAAUAUAUAUAUACAUAGUACUAUAUAUAUAUAUAUCUUUAUAUAUAAUGGGAUGCCAUGUCUACACCGGUUCACGAUGAUAGGUAUGGGUGUCCUCUUUUUGUUGGGGUUUUCAGCGAAUCUGCAGACUCCAUACCAUCCCAUCAAGUGUAGGUCUGUCUCAUGGUUAUCUAGUGUCUAUGUCACUAUUAUACUACAAGACCGGGGCUGGGAUCUUGAUUUUGUCAAAUGAUAUUAAAGUUUAAAUCCCAGUGUAAGUUCCUUAAUUUAAAAACUAUCUUCAUAAAUGUACCCAAACGGUACAAAUACUUGUUCACUAUUUCUUCCUAGCUAACAUUUGUCUGUGGUUUGAUAUGCUUUGCAGUAAUGUGGUGCGGGUCCACAAAACAUCGUUGUACGUGGAGUGUAAUCUUUGGCUUAGUACAUGCUGAUUUGCUCGGCUGGUAUUACAAACUCUGUUGGGGAAAAGUAAAGUGAGAGGAGGAGGAUCUACCUUUCCCUUGAUAUGGAUUGAGAACUGGCCAAUACUGGUCCUUUUGGGUUUAAUCUUUAUGCCUCACCUGCAUUAUACAAAACCAUGGGGCAUAUCCUGAACUGAGGAUUAUAAAGAUAAUGGUACAGAAGGUGAUGUUGCUCAUGUUAAUGUAAAAGCGACAAUUGGACACUGAACAUGUUAUUGCUAUGCUACAUCAGAUGAUUGAAGAUGCUCACAAGGGCAAGCCCUACUCUUUUGAGUGGUACUUAAAGACGUUAGUAAUCUUUUGGGGGUUGCUGUAUACAGUUUGUUGAUACGUCAAAUACACGGAUGAAGAGUAAUAGAAGUGAUGUGAGAUAAGAGACUUCGUGUUUGCUACAUCUUCUCGAGCCAAUACGAUAUGCAUAACUGUGGGUGCGAGAGAAGAUGAACGGUUCAACUUAAAAAGAGAUUUGUAGUGGAUGGUUAUUAUUCAUUGUUUGUAAUGGAUGGUUAAACAUUAUUCCAUAUGUAGCUCACUUUGUAUAUGUAUAUGAGAAUAUAAUACACAUGCCCAGUGUAAUAUAUAUAAGUUUGGAUGAGUUGAUGGAUUCAAUUU